CGCGGCGGCGCUGAGUGGCGGCGGCGGCGGCGAGCGACGCGGGGCCCGGGGGCGGGGCGGGGAGCCAGCCAUGGACAAUCAGUGCACUGUCCAGGUCAAGUUAGAGCUGGGACAUCGUGCCCAACUACGCAAGAAGCCCACCACGGAGGGGUUCACGCAUGACUGGAUGGUGUUUGUCCGUGGCCCUGAGCAGUGUGAGAUCCAGCACUUCGUGGAGAAGGUGGUCUUCCGGCUGCACGACAGCUUCCCCAAGCCCAAGCGUGUGUGCAAGGAGCCCCCCUACAAAGUGGAGGAGUCGGGUUACGCAGGCUUCAUCAUGCCCAUCGAGGUGUACUUCAAGAACAAGGAGGAGCCAAGGAAGGUUUGCUUCACCUACGACCUGUUCCUGAACCUGGAGGGCAACCCGCCCGUCAACCACCUGCGCUGUGAGAAGCUCACCUUCAACAACCCCACCGUGGAGUUCCGGUACAAGCUGCUGAUGGCCGGCGGGGUGAUGGUAAUGCCCGAAGGAGCAGAAACGGUGUCCAGGCCCAGCCCCGACUACCCCAUGUUACCCACAAUUCCACUCUCUGCCUUCUCUGACCCCAAGAAGACCAAACCGUCCCACGGCUCCAAGGACGCCAGCAGGGAGAGCGGCAAGGCCUGCAAGGCCCACAAGACGACCAAGGAGCACCGGGAGCGGCCGCGCAAGGACUCAGAGAGCAGGGGUGCCUCCAAGGAGCCGGAGCGCGAGCAGGCCAGGAGCGCCAAGGACACCGCGCGGAAGCUGGGCGAGGGCCGGCCGCCCAAGGAGGAGAAGGCCCCGCCGCCCAAGGCCGCAUUCAAGGAGCCCAAGAUGGCCCUGAAGGAGACCAAACUGGAGAGCAUGUCCCCCAAAGGCGGGCCCCCACCGCCGCCCCCGCCCAAGUCUUCCAGCAAGCGGCCGGCCACCGCCGACUCGCCCAAGCCCAGCGCCAAAAAGCAGAAGAAGAGCAGCUCCAAGGGGUCCAGGAGCGCCCCGAGCACCUCACCCCGCACCUCGUCUUCCUCCUUCUCGGACAAAAAGCCGGCCAAGGACAAGGGCGGUGCCAAAGGGGAGAAAGUCAAGGCUGAGAACGAGCCCAGGGAGAUCAAAAAGCCCCCGGAGGUGGAGGAGUCCAACUCGGAGGACGAGGCCUCCUUCAAGACCGAGUCCGCCCAGUCGAGCCCAUCCAACUCCAGCUCCAGCUCCGACUCCAGUUCGGAUUCGGAUUUUGAGCCGUCUCAGAACCACAGUCAAGGACCCCUGCGCUCCAUGGUGGAGGACCUGCAGUCGGAGGAAUCUGACGAGGACGACUCUUCGUCAGGCGAGGAGGCCGCUGGCAAGACGAACGCAGGGAGGGACUCCAGGUUGAGCUUCAGUGACAGCGAGAGUGACAACAGCGCCGACUCCUGCCUACCCAGCCGGGAGCCCCCUCCACCCAAGAAGCCACCCCCACCCAACAGCAAGACGUCAGGCCGCCGGAGCCCGGAGCCCUGCAGCAAGCCCGAGAAGAUCCUCAAGAGGGGUGCCUACGACAAGGCCUACACUGAUGAGUUGGUGGAGCUGCACCGGAGGCUGAUGGCACUGCGGGAGCGCAACGUGCUGCAGCAGAUCGUGAACCUGAUCGAGGAGACCGGCCACUUCAACGUCACCAACACCACCUUUGACUUCGACCUCUUCUCCCUGGAUGAGACCACCGUGCGCAAGCUGCAGAGCUACCUGGAGGCGGUGGCCACAUGACCCUGGGCCGGGUGCCGGGCCGCGUCCCCGGGGUCCUGGGAGGCCACGUCUGGGCCCCGCCUUCCCUCCUCUCUCGACUUGCCCGCCCGCAGCACUGCCUUAGUGACCGCCCUGUCCUCGGCCCACACGGCCAGCUGCACUUUCCUCGUCGGGAGCCCCGGGGCCGAGGGGGCCAGGCCGGCGCUGCUGCUCCCCGACACCCUGGGGCCGUCACCUGGGCCCCCCUUGGAAAGUGGCUUGUGUACUCUCGAGGGGGAAGAAACGUGCCCUGCGGUGGGGGCCUCGCUCCUCGGUGGGGCGUGCGGCACAGCUUCACCCCCCGGGCCCCUCUGAGAGGCUGGGGCACUGCCUCCGGCCUCCCCCAACGGUUCGGAACACCCCGCUGCGCCCCAGGACCUCAGAGGGCUCCUGCCGCACCAGGACGGGCCCGGCUCGUCCUCCGCGUCAGCCAGACACGAUCCCGUGUCGGCUCUCACUGUGCUGGGACUCCGUGCUGUAUAGUUCUCUCUCUAUUAUAUAUAUAUGUCUGCACUGUAGGUACCGAGCGGUUCCCGGGUGUGCAUUUCCAGGGCAGCAGUGCACGUGGGGGUGGGGGGCGUAAGGCGGGACUUGUAGGUUACGAUGUCUCCACUGGCCUUGGCGUCGGGCUGAAGGCCGAGCUGGAGCGCCAGCUCACCCUCUCCAGGUGCAGGGAGGACGCCUCCCGCUCCUCCCGGGGCCGGUGAACACUGCGCGCCGCCGUCUCCAGGAGCGGCCCUCCCGGCCCCCAGCCAGCCGUGGGCUGAGACUGGGUCGGCGUCCUGGGGCUCGUCCUCUUCCUCCUUCCAUAGGAUCCUCUUCCUUCUGUUGACCGAGUCUUCGAACUUUGGAAAAAAUGAGCUUUUGCCAAAUAAGACGGGAUAGUUUGUGGAGUUUUUUGAGGAGCGUCAGGACUCAGAACCAGCCCCUCGUGCCUGGGCCCCGGCCGGCAGCAGGCCCUCCCACCCCUGCGAUUCACGCUGGUCCGGGGCUGGAGACCCAACUCCUCGCACGCCUGAAACUCUCCAAGGGCCAAGCCAGCUCCUCCCUCCCGGCCAGAACGCCCUC